AUGGCUCUAAUGUUCGCGUUGUUUUUGGUCUUCUCCAUACUUACCAGCCAGGCAACGGCUGAAACACAUAAAGUUACCUUUACCAACAAUUGUGGACACGGUACACCCAAACUGGUUCGGGGUGGAAAUGUCCUUUCCACAGGUCAAGAUUAUACAAGUAAUGGGCCUUUCGAAACAGCCAUAGCGUAUCUUGAUAAUGGUAACUGUAAACUUAACGGUGAAGGAUGCGGGACUGUCGAAAUUACACUCAAGAACGGUGCAAACGGAGCUGCGAGCAGUGCCGACAUAUCAUUGAUUCCUCCCCUCGCGUUUUCUGAUGCCCUUGGAUUCCAGUUUACCGGUUCAUGCAACGGCGGUGCUUUUUGUGGUGAUUCAAAGUGUAACACGGCAUUCUUCAAACCCGACGAUAACUGUGUGCAAGUGCAGUGCCAGCAAAAUGAUGCCGGAAUCAACGUCAUUUUCUGUGGUGGCUCAACCCAUUUCACAGACUCGAGCCAAAAGGGCUCGCCCUGCAACGGCGCUGUUUCUAACAACUCCACCACAGCGUCAAGUGGUUCUACUAAUUCAGGUACUAACACUAAUACAGCGUCUAAGUUUUAA